GGCCGAGCGGGAUCAGGCGAUCUCCAGGGGCAGCCCCGCGGUGGGAGGAUGAAGGGAGGGGGCCUGAGCAGCGCCGCGCGCGGGGCGGGGCCGGAAGUGACGCCCGCUUAGCCACACCCACUCCCUCCCGCGGCGGUCGCAGCGCUCGGCGCCCCGUCAGGAUGGCGGAGAACGACGUAGAUAACGAGCUGCUGGACUAUGAGGACGACGAGGUGGAGAACGCGGCGGGGGGCGACGGGGCCGAGGCGCCGCCCAAGAAGGACGUGAAGGGCUCCUACGUCUCCAUCCACAGCUCCGGUUUCCGCGAUUUCCUCCUCAAACCGGAGCUGCUCCGCGCCAUCGUCGACUGCGGCUUCGAGCAUCCCUCCGAAGUGCAGCACGAGUGCAUCCCGCAGGCCAUCCUGGGUAUGGACGUGCUGUGCCAGGCCAAAUCCGGCAUGGGCAAGACGGCCGUUUUCGUCCUGGCCACCCUGCAGCAGCUGGAGCCCGUCACGGGGCAGGUGUCGGUGCUGGUGAUGUGUCACACGCGGGAGCUGGCGUUCCAGAUCAGCAAGGAGUACGAGCGGUUCUCCAAGUAUAUGCCUAGCGUUAAGGUGGCGGUGUUCUUCGGGGGGCUGUCGAUCAAGAAGGACGAGGAGGUGCUGAAGAAGAACUGCCCCCACAUCGUGGUGGGGACCCCGGGCCGCAUCCUGGCCCUGGCCCGCAACAAGAGCCUCAACCUGAAGCACAUCAAGCACUUCAUCCUGGACGAGUGCGACAAGAUGCUCGAGCAGCUCGACAUGCGUCGGGACGUCCAGGAGAUCUUCCGCAUGACCCCGCACGAAAAGCAGGUCAUGAUGUUCAGCGCCACGCUCAGCAAGGAUAUCCGCCCCGUCUGCCGCAAAUUCAUGCAAGACGUAAUUACCCCUUCUACCUUCUUUGCCCCCGGCGCCCGCCCCGGCGCGGGGGGCUGCCCCCGGCCCCCCCUGCGGAAGAUCUCUCGGGUAUCCCCCUUCCAGCCGCCCCCCUUCUUCUUCCUCCUCCUCCUCCUCCUCCUCCUCCUCUUCCUCGUCCCGUCGUUCCGCCCGGCCCCCCAAAACCGUCCGGCGGACGGCGAAGAGCCCCCCCACACGCACUCGAAGCACCCAUGGAGAUCUUCGUGGACGACGAGACGAAGCUGACGCUGCACGGGCUGCAGCAGUACUACGUCAAGCUGAAGGACAACGAGAAGAACCGCAAGCUCUUCGACCUGCUCGACGUCCUCGAGUUCAACCAGGUUGGGGGGG